AUGCCAUUCGAAAAAUUGUUUCAGCUACCACCAAAACUUCACGUUGAUUCCAACACUGCCUCCAUCUGCCUUUCCAUUUACCUCAAGAAAAUGCAUCACCAGAUCUUUUUAUUGAUUUUCCUUUCGUUCAAUGUAUUGAUACAAUCUCCAGUUGAACCAAAAGGAAAUAGUUUUACCAUCGAUCUUAUCCAUCCUGAUUCAGUACUAUCACCCUUUUACAAUCAUUCUAUCACUCCAUCGGAGCUCACAAGGAAAGCUGGCGCGCGUUCUCUCCAUCGAGUUAACUACUUCAAUUCAUCUGGGUAUGUUAAUGCAAAGAAUAUCGAGUCACCCGUGGUUGGCGACGGAGCAGACUAUCUCGUGGAGAUUUACGUUAGCCCUACUCAGAAACAAAAGGUGUAUGUUGUCAUAGAUACGGGAAGUGAACUUACAUGGAUACAAUGCAAACCUUGUGAGAACUACAACGAUAAAAAUAUGGCACUCUAUGAACCGGAGAAUUCAGAGACCUACAGAGCACUUUCUGACGUUGAUAAAAUUUGUCAGGAUUGGAUGUUUACAGAGCCUGGGAGAUCAAAAAAGUGCAAAUACCGCUAUCGUUACGAGAAAAAUGCAUUUACAGUCGGAAUUCUUAGCACUGAAACCUUCUAUUUUCAGCCGACCAGAGACAGACCAAUCUUCUUCCCCAAAUUAGUGUUUGGGUGUAGUCACCGGAACAAAGUUAAGUUCAGUAGCCAAGUUCAAGGUGUGAUUGGUCUUGGAAGUGGGCAGUUGUCGUUUGUUUCUCAACUAGGAGACCGAACUGACCAUAAAUUCUCUUAUUGUUUGGUUCCACGGUCAGAAAAGGCGGCCAGUAAACUUAGUUUUGGACAUCAAGAAAAAACCUCCGAUAAAACAGUUUCAACUCCAUUUGUAUUCAAAGAUCAUAAACCCCAUUACUACCUCAGUCUUGAAGGUGUUAGUGUUGGAAAUAAGAAAAUAUUGAUAGAAGAAAAGCAGCAUAAUAUCAUAAUCGAUUCUGGGACACCCAUGACAGUAUUGCAUUCAAGCAUCUAUGAUCCCAUGGAACGUGAACUUAUCAAGGCGAUUGGUCCGAAUCCAAAGAAAGACCCAACUGGAGCAUUUGCUUUGUGCUAUGACAAUUGGCGUGAUCUCUCCUAUCCCAACCUGGUAUUCCAUUUUGCGAAUGCGGAUAUUCGUUUAAAACGGAAAAACACAUAUAUUCGGUAUCUAGAUUAUAUUUGCGUGACCAUAAUUAGAUAUGAUGGAAUUUCUAUUUUUGGUAACUCGGCUCAAAUAAACUUUCGAGUAGAAUAUGAUCUCAUCGAGAAGCAAGUGUCUUUUACGCCAACAGAUUGUACCAAAUUUGGAAUCAAGUCACCUGAGGGUUCCCGUGAUGAUGCUCCUGGGGGGCGUUUGUGCUGCUUGAAACAUCGAUUGUGCCUUGAUCGGCAGCUCGGUGAGAACCUUCUGAGUAUCUCGGUUGUGCCUUCGUCAGCACCUUGGCAGCUCGGUUGUACCUUGAGCGGGCUGAUCAAGGAAGGGCUCACUUAUUUCAGCCAGAAGAAGGAAGUCCAUGAGGUAGAACAAAUUUUAGAGCAUUAUGCAUGUGUAGCUGACAUGAUUUGUCGUGCUGGAUGA